UGGAGGUGAAGAGAGGAAGAGAAUAGAAGAGAAGAGAAGAGAAGAGAAGAGAAGAGAGAGAAGAGAAGAGAAGAGAAGAGCAGAGCAGAUGAGAUGGAGAGAGAAGAUGAGAAGAGAAAACGAAGACCAUGAUCAAUAGUUGUCGACGAUUGGACAUUGAGCCAUGUCUUGUCAUGAGACCGGAAGAGGAAUUCGUCAUGAGUGUGUGCUCUUGGUUGAUAAUACCGUGAAAUAUUACGUCGCUGUUGUUCGGAUUGAGCUUCAGAUUUGUUCUCAUCUCAGUCAGACAUGAACGGAAAAGACAAGCGCCUGCACGGCUCCUUCGGUGAUUCUGUGAUAGAGAGGAAGGAGGAAGCAGACGUGGAGGAGCAGCAGGCGGGAGGGGGAGAGGGAAAGCAGGAGAAGACAGCCAAGGGCUUCAAGCCCAACGCGCUCCUCUACCUAAAGAAGAUCAAGGAGCCUGGCUUCGCAGCCGAACUCAAGAGGAAGGGUUGCUCAGGCUGGCCUUGCCAUGCUGGUUUCCUGUGCGAUUUCUGUAUGCUGCGCCCUGAGUGGAUUGCGGAGUCGAAGCUCGAGCCUCUCAACGAAGAGAUUGCGGAGCUCAAGCAGUCGAUCAUCAUCUUGCGCAAACAACAACAGGAUGUCGAGACGCUUGAGCGAGCUGAACGUCUGGUGGCCGGGAAGUACUGGUCAAAGAGCGACGAGGAGCGGAAGAUGACGCUGAACAGCAUGCUGGAGGACAGCACCGCACGGGUUGAAGCCCAGGAGGCGACGAGAGCCAAGAUCGCAGCCGAGAAGGUGCGAGAUAGUCUGCUGGAUCAGCUGUCGAGGGUCCAGGAGAAAGUGAAGCUGCAGGAGAAAGACAACACAAGCUUGAAGCAGCAGGUCAUGGCGCUACAGCAGACCCUCGAGGAGAGCAGGCGAAAGCUCAACUUCGUGGAGAAGGACCUGGAGGACAAGCGGUCGAUGAUCUCAGAGGCGUUCAAGGAGAAGAGCAGGGCGACUACUGAGGCCCGAAGGCUCAAGCUGGAGGUGGAGGCGACGAAUAUGGAGAUUGCAGUGAAAAACGAGCAGGAAGACGAAGCUGCGUCCUCCUCCUCCUCCUCCUGACCUUCUCCUGCUCAGAUCCACAAACUUAUCGAGGAGCUGCAGAAGCUGCAGGGGGUAACGGAGGAACGAGACGUCUUCCGGGCCCUGGCUGACCGCCGGGCGAUGCUGUCGCAAAGCAUCAUGGAUGAGGUAGCAGAGGAUGUGGUGAAGGCUGAACGAAUCAGAGACGAGCACGUGAACACGAUCAGGAAGUUGCAGAAAGAGCUUGCGACAACGAGGAAGAACAUCGCCAUGCAGCACAAGGCAAAACAGCGGGCAGAGUCAUCAGGAGGAGAGAGGAAGUGAAGUGAUGGUGCUAGUAUAAGACGUUCUCAUCUC